UACUGUUAUUACUCCAUAGACCAACGGAAUUUGGGAAUGUCAAUGAAGGUGGAACGCUCAACUCUAGACCAAGUAAAGAAGCGUUUUGAGAUCAAUAAAAAGAAAAUUGAGGAAAAGCAAAAGGAAUACGAUUUUGAGGAACGCAUGAAAGAACUCCGAGAGGAGGAAGAGAAAGCGAAGGCAUACCGGAAAGAGAAACUGAAGGAGAAAAAGCGGAAAGCGGAGGAGGAGUUGACAUUUGAGGAUGACGAUGAAAUGGCAGCUGUGAUGGGAUUUUCUGGCUUUGGUUCGUCAAAAAAGAACAGCUGACCGAUCCCACCAGACUGAUACAAGACAUCCCUUUAUUGACUCUUAUCUCUUUCCUGCCUCCCCUUGUGGUCCUUUUUUAAUUCUGCCUUCCUCCCUCCCUCCCUCACCCCGAUUGAGUGGAAAUGUGAACAGCGUGAAUGAAGAUGCAUUUAUUAAUAAAGGAUUCUUCCGUUAAAAGUUACAACUGCCCCUUUCUCCAACACCUUUUUAACAGAAAAGUUUCAGCUGGAUUUAAGCUCCAGGUUGCAUGGCUUUUGGCUUCAACUAUUCCAUGUUUAAGGAAUGGAAAAGGAGAAGCCAUGAAAUGUCUCCCAUUUCCUGACCUUAUUCACCCAUGCAGUGAGAUCUUGCUUGAUCUGUAUCUCGGUUAACGAACAAGAAAUGAAUGCACUGAGUUUGAUGUGUGCUGAUGUGGUUGAUCACGUCCAGCACAACGUUUAUGGAGGUACAGUUGGGCUCAACACCGUUUAGGAUAAGGAGGUGGAAAUCAGGCAGAGUUCCCACUAAGCUCAGUCAGACAUGGCCACUUGAUGGAGGGCUUCUGACCUGCACAGCAAGCAAACCAGAAAUCCUAAUGAUUCAUCAUUUGUUUUUAUUAAAUUUGGCCCAUUUCAAACCAGUUGAGAUCCUUUAUUAUGCAUCUUACAAUUGACCAACUGAUGAUCUGAAUUUAGGCCCUCAAAUAAUUCAUUUAAUUGUGACUGUAUUUGUCUGUUUCUAUGAGCGAGAGAUUCAAACAUUGAGCUACAAGAAUGAAGGUCUGAAGUUCUUUUUAACUGCAAGACAUUUUCUAAGCCUCUCAAAUUCAUUGCCAACUGCUGUUUUCUAUGAAAUUUGCAAUCUUGUAAAAUUUGAACAUUGAGAUAUUAUCAUCCGUAGCAGAUCUAACUGCUAAUAUUGUCAAGCUCUCCUUUGUGGUUUGAUGUGUGUGGUCCUGACUCUCAAACAGCAGAAUGCCUGCCCAUUAAGUUCGCCAAUCUCAGUCAAUUGAUUUCCACAACCCUGGAUUGAAUGUAGAUGAAAUAAAUCAAACAGUGUAUUUCCUGAUUCUCAUUGUGGAGUUGCUGCUGUUGGACUGGGGUGGACAAGGUCAGAAGUCAAGAAGACACCAGGUUAUAGUCCAACAGGUUUAUUUAAAAUCACAAGCUUUUGGAGCGCAGCCCCUUUUGUCAAGUGCUGGAGCAGCACUCUGAAAGCUUGUGAUUUCAAAUAAACCUGUUGGACUAUAAGGUGGUGUCCUGUGACUUCUGAGCUGAUUCUCGUUAGCAACAUGCAUUGACCAUGUCUGAAGUGGAACUGAUGAUGCUUUCUUCCCGAUAGACCUCCAUUUUUGUUUCUGUUUAAAUGUACAGUAUGUUUCCAAUUCCCAUUUAAAAGUUACGAAUGAAUCUGUUUCGGCAGUGAAUUCCAGAUCACCCUAAUCUGGGUGUGUACAGAAAAUAAUGCUACUACUAAUUCUGCUGUGGUUCUUCUGUUAAUUGUUUUAGACUUAUUUGACCUAUCACCCAGUUUGGGAAUGUUUUUGAGAACGAUCUUUAAAUGAAACGUUGAUUGGGGCAAUGGUCCUGUGUAAUGGGGCAGGGGUAACGUUUAUUACGAUGUUUCUGGAUUAUGGAGGAAACCUGAGGCCCUUCUGUUUUGGAGAGUAAUGAAUUGCCCUGAAAUUAAUCAUCCUGCCAGUCUAAUUUAUGCACCAACUUAAUCAGAAAGCAAAACGGUGAAUAAUUUGUAUCUGAAUAGUUGUUUAAAUGCAGUGAGAAUUUCCUGUUUUGGAUUUCCUUUUUGUUGUGUGCUGUACUCUGAAGUUUCUACUUGUGCUUUACUUUUUCUCUUUCAGUUGAUACUUUCAAAUACAAGAGGUUAUUUUUAUUUCA